AUGGAAAGCCAGAGAAACAUCUCAGAAUUUAUUCUUCUAGGUCUUUCUUAUGACCAAAGUACACAGACAUUUUGCUUUGUGCUCUUCUUAUUCUGUUAUGUUGCCCUGUUGGUAGGAAACCUUCUGAUCCUUAUCUCCAUUCGAUGCAGUCGUCUUUAUAACCAGCCAAUGUACUAUUUCCUCAGCCAUUUAUCUUCAAUGGACAUCUGCUAUACCUCUAGUGUUACCCCCAAAUUAAUUGCUGACUUGCUAGGGGGGACAAAAACUAUUUCCUAUGGUAGUUGCACGUUACAGCUCUUUGCCAUGCACUUCUUCGGCAGUAUUGAGGUCUUCAUUCUUACUGCUAUGGCUUUUGAUCGCUAUGUUGCCAUCUGCAAACCUCUCCACUACAUGAUUAUCAUGAACAGGACAAAAUGUGAUCUCCUACUUCUGGCUGCUUGGGCUAGUGGGGCUGUCCACUCCUUUCCUCAAUUAUCUAUGGCAAUCCAGUUGCCAUUUUGUGGUCCUAAUGAAAUUGAUCACUAUUUUUGUGAUAUCUUCCCUUUACUAAAAAUUGCUUGUACUGAUACCUACAUCAUUGGUGCCCUGGGGGUUGCCAAUUCAGGUAUAUUUAGCUUAGUUGCCUUUGUUGUCUUAUUUGUUUCUUAUGUCUUUAUACUAUUUACUUUACGAAAUCACUCAGCUGAGGGAAGGCGCAAAGCCCUCUCUACUUGUGGGUCUCAUAUCACUGUGGUCAUCCUAUUUUUUGUGCCUACAACCUUUAUCUACCUUAGACCUCCUACUACUUUCCCUGAGGACAAAAUAUUUGCGCUAUUUUAUACCAUCAUUGCUCCUAUGUUCAAUGCCUUAAUUUAUACAUUAAGCAAUACAGAGAUGAAAAACACCAUGAGAAAAGUUUGGUGUCAGAUAUUAUUUUCAAAGGAAGCCCACAAUUAA